GGUGACGAGGAGUCCAGCCAGGGUCUUCCCAUCAGCCCCUUCAUGGACCGCUCUGCUCCCCAGCUGGCUAAGCUCCAGGAGUCCUUCAUCACCCACAUCGUAGGACCGCUCUGUAACUCAUACGACUCCGCAGCACUUAUGCCCGGACGCUGGGUGGAACCGAACCCCGAUGAGGAAGAGGAGGAGCACGAGGAAGAGGAGGAUACGGCAGAGGAUGAGGAUGGGUCUACUAGCUCUGAGGCAUCGCGUAAGAAUGUUACUCACAUCUCUUUACUUUACUUGGUUUACAGGGACAAUGCACAUGAAUGCGCCUGGUUUAGCCAGCCAACUUAUUUAUAUGAAUCAAUGCAUGAAUAGAUACUGUAAGUAAAUAUUGUUUUCAAAACCCUUCUCUAGAGAAAGAGAAAGCAGCUCCCAAGAAGAGGAGGAAAGUGUUCUGUCAGAUCACUCAGCACCUGAUAGACAACCACGAGAUGUGGAAGAAGGUGAUCGCCGAGGAAACCCCCAAGCAAAACAAUGUAGCUGAGCCUAUCCUAUCCAUCCAUGAGGAGGAGGAGGAGGAGCCAGGGAGCAAGGAGGAUGUAGUGGAGGGGGAGGAGCCAGAUGAGGAAGUAGAUGAGGAGUGGCCAUCACCCCCACAGGAUGAGUCUGAAACUGCAGUGGAAGAGGUGGGUCCAGAGUGA